CUCGUUUUUCUCACCGGGUGAGGGUCAAAGUGGGUCAACCCGGGUGUACCCGCGGGUUGACAACUUUGCAUCCUUCCCAAUUUCGCACUCUAGGCUUGACUCCUGCGAAUGCGAUUCACCAUUGCCGUCGGGACCCAUCACCGUCUGGUGCUGCCACCAGAGGAUUAGCUGGUUGUGUGUAGAUGCCGAAGAUGAAGGAGGCCGAUCGGUCGAUUUCUUCCGCAUGCCCCGUGGUUGUAUCAGGCGCUGGAUACCAAUCAAUUUCUUGUCGUUUCUGCUCGCGGCUUUAGAGAGCUGGUGAAACUCGAGAGCUCCAACGAGAUUAAUUGUGAUUGGGAGACUGUAGCAGGGACAGAAGAAAGCUCAUCGACAGAGUGGAUUCGGUGAUUGAGGGACUGAAAUAGUGUUGCAGAAGACGUUUCCUCGACUACAUCCUUGAAGGACUUGCACGGCGGCUAAAUUCCUUCUGAUCUUCCUUUUCCCUCUAAUCCCGGAGUGUAACUGUGGCUGUAUUGAUUGGUAGCACUCAUGGCUCCGCCAUCCAAGGCCAUUGUUUACAACCAGCACGCCCAGCCCGAUUCCGUUGUUAGUUGGAGGACACGAAGAGAUUGGAGUGGUGUAUUCUGUGGGCUGAACAGUGAAGGAAUUUUCUCCAGGGACAUGGCAGACUUAUGUCCGAAGCAGGAGGCUGUCUGGCUCAAAGUCGAUAUAGAUAGUCCAAUCGAGUAUGCUGCUACAAUCAUUGUUAAUCUGCUGACUGCUUUACUGAUGAUUGAGGACAUAACUACCUUAAAUUCAGGGGAUUCGGUUGUCCAAAAUGGAGCUACAAGUAUAGUAUGCCAGUGUUUUGUCCAGCUUGGCCACCUUCGUAGCAUCUGUAGCAUUAACAUCACAAGGGACAGGUGCUUCUUCAAAUUUCAUAUUGUGAAGUCUGUUUUUUUUUUCUUUCUCCCCAGAGAGUUACAGAUAUUUGAAUCCGCAUGCAUCUCUAGUUUCACCUCUCCCUUUGGGAGUUAG